UAACGUCCUUUAAUAACCAAUCAACGUCAGACCAUUGCAACAUAUAGCUACGAUUCACUCGUCUCGUGAGACAGCACGCUAUCAUUCAAACAGUUUGAUAACCAUUAGAAACACCUAUCAACCUUUGCUAUAUGGCACCGACAAAUUGUUUUAUCUAGGCCCCCCAUUUGAUAACGCCACCCCGGGUAAAAGCACCACCAAUACAGCAUUAAUUGUUUAUCAUGCUGCGCGAGAGAUUAUUGCACCUUCCAAAGUUUCGAUAGAUUGUUACCGAUUCAGUCUGCGAAAGGUGAUUGAUGAACGCAGUGUCUUCUGGCGCGUGGCUUAGCACGAACGGUUAUAACAAUGCCAAAAACUCAAGAAACCAAAUUUGUCAAUUCAUUUUUUCUGACCAACCUCAUCCAGUCUCAGUAUGGGGAAUCGGAGGUUAAGAUCAAGGCCUACGAUGUGGAACCGGCGACCGCAGAAAUCAACGACCCUUAUGCAAGGUCAUCUAUGAAUCGUAUUUUGGUGAAGUAUGUAUCUAAGGAGAAUCCUGCUGAAACGGUGAUGACGUUCGUCGCCAAGAUCAAACCCGUUGAAGGAAAACUUGUAGAAGAAUUCAAGAAAAGUGAUGUGUUUGACAAGGAAAUUUUCAUCUACAAGAAUGUUCUACCCAAGCUGAUGACCGUUAUUUCCAAACUUGGCGGCGCUGUAGAACUUGCUCCACAAUUGAUCCACUCGUGGGAUGUUCCGUCCAAUUUGAUGGUAUUGGAAGACCUGACGGUGCGGGGCUACAGCGUUGAGAAUCAACAGCUGGGACUAAAUUUGGAGCAAUCCAAAAUGGCUCUUGAGAAGCUGGCCUUCUUCCACGCCGCUAGUGCAGUUUUGAUUGACCAGAAUCCUAAAGACUUCGCCAAAUUCUCCAAAGGAACGUUCCAUGUUGAUCACAAGGACAAGCUCAAGUAUUUCACCGAUGCUCUUACGGUUGUAGCUGAAAACGCUUCGACCCUUGGCAUAGACAGUAACAUCGCAGCCAAAUUGAAAGCACUGCCUGCCAAAGCACUGCAAAAAGCAAUCGAUUCCUACUGCAGUGACUUCCACGGUUUGAAGGUGCUAUGCCACGGCGAUUUUUGGACCAACAAUAUCAUGUACAAGUACAACAACAACGAACUGGUUGAUGCUAUUUUUGUAGACUACCAGAACUGUGUGGUUGGUUCACCAAUCAUUGAUUUGAUGUACUUCCUGACAUCGUCACCAGCAUAUGACGUACUGGAAAAAUCGAAGGACGAGCUCAUCUUCACUUAUUAUGAAACUUUGGCACUGCUAUUGCAACGUUUGAGCUAUAAAAAACCAGUUCCUUCAAUGAUGACCCUCCAGGUUGAUAUGCUCAAGCACGGACCCCUAGAGGUCAUCCUCUCCCUAACAACGGCCCCAUUUUUGCGUACCAAACACGCACAAAACACACCAGCCAUCCAACCGACACUGUACAAGGAUGACAAGAAUGUAGAUAUCAAGCCAAUUUUGGUUCUUCACGCAAGUGCCAUUGGGAAGCAGCUUAAAGAGUACGAGCUGCGUGGAUUGCUCGAUUGGGGUGCAGCUGAGAGCAAGAUCAAGGGUCUGAUGGGACGUUUCGAGCGUUAGAUUGCUGUAUGUUAUUGCAUGGUGGUUUGAGCUAAUUAUACGACGAGAGUUCUCACAAUAAUAAAAUAUGAAGCGUG